AUGGCCUCUUUCGAAGGAAAAGUGGUAGGAAGAUCAAAUUUUAACAUCUCACAAACCAUUAGUUUAAUACUGACUUGUUUUGAGAUUGCUAUUACCGGCGCCGCAUCGGGCAUGGGCUUAGCGACCGCAAAGCUCAUUGCAUCCCAGGGUGGUGCUGUCUCGCUGGCGGACAUUAAUGAAGACGCACUUCAAAAAUUAUCCAAGACUUUAGAUAAUCCAGAAAGGCAUAUAAUCUCAGUCAUCGAUGUGCGAAAGAGCGAGUCGGUGGACAAGUGGAUUGAAUCGACUAUACAACAGCUUGGAAAGCUAGAUGGCGCAGUCAAUAUGGCUGGUGUCAUUUCCCCGGCCAUGCCGAUCACUGAGAUGACCGACGAUACAUGGAAUUUUAACUUCGAUGUUAACGCCCGUGGCGUUUUCUUCUGCAUCAGGGCACAGUUGAGGGAAAUGAAAGCAGGUGCAAGCAUUGUUUCUGCAGCAAGUGUGUUUGGACAAUUUGGAGCCCCAGGAAACUCGCCUUAUUGCUCUAGUAAAGCAGCAGUCAUUGGUUUGACUAGAGCAGCCGCCAAGGAGAACCAACACAUCCGAGUUAACUGCGUUUCCCCUGGAUCCGUGAACACCCCCAUGUCUGCUGGUGAGGAUCCAGAGCAUGUUAAGAAGGGCCUACAAGUCACAGCGCAAAAGAGACGGGCGGAGCCAGUUGAGGUGGCUAAUGUCAUUGCUUUCUUGCUAAGCGAUGCAGCGUCAUUUGUUACUGGCGCUGUCUAUAACGUGGAUGGAGGCUGGGUCUGCUAA